GCUCGUUGUACCCGACGUCUGCCUCGCUGCAACUUGCCGAGCGCUACAGAGCACCCGUCACCGUGUGUCGAGUUGAAGCGCACAGCAUCCGGGCCAGGGCCAAGCAGGAUUCUAACUGAAUGGCUUCUGAUCCCCCCGUGGCCCCUCGGCCAUCGUCUUGUUUGUCGGUAUCUGGAUGUCUGCCUUGGCGUCGUCCCCAGUGCCUGUCAUCGUUUGGUGCUUACGGGAGUAACUCGCCGACCACAGGAUGCCUUUCCCGGGGCCGCUGGGCAUUCUGUGGCCCGCCCUGUCUGUGAGGUAUGCUCACGCGGGGCUGCGUUCCUGUCUGAGGCUUGGCGAGGGGCAGUCCCUCCAAAGUCGCCCUCUGGAAGAGUCCGAAGGGGACUUGAACUCGCUGGUGGGAGAGAGGGUGAGGGAGGGGAGGAGGGGCUGCACGGCGCUUCCUGGAUUGCUGCU